UAAAGGGUCUGACAGGCCUUUGGUUCCUGAGUUCUAGUCAUCUGGGCUCAGUUGGGUUCUGGUUUCUCUGCAGGUCCUCCUCUGCUCCUCCCCUCUGUGUCUCUGCCUUCAUGGGCCUCAGCUUUCGUCUCCCACUCCUGCCCUGAUUGUUGUUCUCAGCCAGGUGCUCACACUGAGCCCGGUCCGCUUCCUGAGUUUGCUGCCUGAUCACGGAAGAUUUCUUUCUCCCCAUUAAACGCUGAAACCCGUUCUGCUCCAAACUAAAGGCCUGACAGGUGGAGACGGAUCAGGAACCACUGGCUCCACCUGUUCCAGGUGAGGAUUAAAAACUCGGACUCGCCGGGUCUCUCUCUGGCGUCCAGCUACACGACGACAUCAGCAAAGCCUGCAGACAUGAUCUCCAGCAGCUCUCUGGUCCAGCCUGGACCUCCUGCCGUCCACCAGCUGAGGACCAGAACCACCAGAGUGGGGACUCUGACCAAAGUGACGGUCGGAGAGAACCACGGGAACCGACCCAACAAAACCAUCGUGCUUGUUGGGGAGCCAGGAGGAGGAAAAGCUGCUCUGAUCGAGGCUCUGGUCAACCACAGCAUGGGCGUGAAGUUUGAGGACGGCGUCUGGUUCCAGGUGGAGGAGGAGGAGAGACGGCAGGACUCAGCCGUGGUCGUCUAUCAGAUCUUUGGGUCCAGCAGUCAGACCGUGCCCUUCACGCUGACCGUGGUCGACACUCCUGGGUACGGAGGCAGCAGAGGCGUCCGACACGACGACGAAGUCAGCCGGAGGUUGCUGAGCAUGUUUCAGCCGAAGGAUGAAGCUCAGGACCUUCACGCCGUGGGUCUGGUGAUGAAGGCCAGCGAUGAGCGAGUCGGCGACCGGCUGCGGUACGUCUUUAACUCUGUGGUCUCUCUGUUGGGAGCACAGAGCGCCGUGGUUCUGAUCACCCACUCUGACGGGAUGCCUCCACACGAAGCCCUCAGCGCUCUGGAGACGGCAGACAUUCAGAGUUUGAAGGACAACCGGCAGGAGACGCUUCACUUCCUGUUCAACAACCGGCAGAGGACGCCCAGGACGCCGCAGAACCUCUUUGGCCUGCAGGCGGCGUGGAGAGUAGCGCAGACUGGACUCGCUGCCUUCACAAGGUUCCUGACAGCCAGCCAGCCCAAGAACCCGAGAGCGACGUUUGAGGUGCUGGUGGAACGGGCCGGGCUGGUCGCCUGCGUCCAGAACCUGCAGGACAGAAUCAGGUUCACUGAACUAAAGCAGAGAGACGUCCGUCUGAUUAUGGAGCAGCUGAAGAACCACGUGGAGGAACAGAGGACGGGGCAGUUCACCGCUACGGUGGCUGAAGCCUUCAAAGACACAGAACCGAUCAGAACCGGGCCUGCCGGGCCGGUCUCUGAAGCAGCCGUCUGCUGUCCCGUCUGUGAGGAAAACUGCCACCAUCCUGGAUGCACCAUGGGCCUGGACCCUCAGCAGUGCGAGGUCAUGAAGGCUGGAAGCUGCACCUCCUGCACCAACAGGUGUCCUGCAUCGCAUCACGUCAAAGACCACCUCAGGUAUGUGAUCAGAACCAGAAAGGUCCAGCUGACCGAGGCAGCACUGGCCCAGCGGUACGAGCUGGAUCAGGGGACGGGUCCAUUCCAGCUCCGCCUGAGGGCGAGCCUCUCCAGACAGACGGAGCAGCUGUCAGCGGAGAAGGAGCUGCUGCUGGAGCGGGCCUACCAGCUCCUGGUCAGACUGGACCGCAUCGGGUCGCCGCCGCUCAACACCGCAUCCACCCAUGUUCUGCUGGACUUCCUGAUCCACAAGAUGAAGGAGAGAGGAGACAAAGCCAUGGUGCAGAAGCUGGAGGAGAUGGACGCCAAGAUGGACGCCAGAACCAGAGCAGCACUGCUGGACAGGGUGAGGACCAUGGCGUCAGACCAUGAGGAGAGGAUCUCAGACAGCUUCCUGCUCCGUCCAGGACCUCCGGCUGUCUACCAGCUGAGGACGGAGAAGGAGGCGGUCGGCACGGUAACCAGAGUCCGUUUGGGUCGGAGAGACGGCGAGAAGCCAAAGAAAAGCGUCUUAUUGGUCGGUGAGACAGGAGCAGGGAAGUCCACUGUGGUGGACGUGCUGCUCAACUACAGCCUGGGGGUGAAGUUUGAAGACCAGGUCUGGUUCCAGAUGACGGAGGAGGAGCCAGAAACCUCGGCUGUGAUCGUCUACCAGAUCCCUGACGGCGACACUCUGCCGUUCUCGCUCAGCGUCAUCGACACGCCCGGCUUUGGGAGCGGCGGCGGCAUCGAGCGUGACGCCGUCGUCAGGGAGAGGCUGCUGGACCUGUUCCAGUCCCAGGAGGGAGUCCAGGAGCUCCACGCCGUGGUUCUGGUGACCAAAGCCAGCGAGAACCGGCUGACCGACCGGCUGCAGUACGUCUACGACGCAGUCAUGUCUCUGCUGGGGAGGAACAUGGACAAGAACACCGUGGUUCUGGUCACCCACUCAGACGGAACAACGCCUGCAAACCUUCUGCAGACCCUGGAGGCCGGAAGCAUGAAAUGUGCCAGAGACGGUCAGAACCAGCCGGUCCACUUCCUGCUGGGCGGGAACCAAAGCUCACGCAGAGACGCAGCAGAGACAGCAGCAGCUCUCAGGCUCUCCUGGGACUUCUCCUACAAACACAUGGAUCUUCUGAGCCGCUUCCUCUCCAGCUCCACACCGCAGACGCUGGUCUCCACUGUGGAGGUUCUGAGCGCCCGGGUCAAGCUGGCCGCCUGCGUCCAGAACCUCCAGGAGAGAAUCCAGCAGAUGGAGCUGAAACGCUCCCAGAUCAGUCAGACCAAGGAGGCUUUGAAGAACCAGGAAGAAGAGCUGAAGAAGAACGCCAAGUUCACAAUGGAAGUGGACGAGGUCUACCUGGGCCAGCGGCCCAUCAGCGGGGGGAUGUGGGGGGGGGGAUCUUCUACAGCGCCGCCGUGUCCUGCCGUGGCUGCAGUAGGACCUGCCACUACCCCUGCACCAUGGCCUGGUCUCCUGAAACCUGCAGCGUCAUGAGAAACGGCCGCUGCUCCGUCUGUCACUGCUACGUCUCAGCUCACGUCAAGCAGGAGUGGGCCUACGAGUCCAAGACACGGAGGGUGCAGAAGACCCUGGAGGACGUGAAGAGGAGACACGACAGCAUCAGAGCUGAGAUGUGGAGCGGGUCGAGUCUCCUGCAGCGUCUGGAGGAGGAGAGCAGGCAGGUGUCUGCGGAGAAGGAUCGGCUGACGGACGAGGCGUACUACCAGGUGGUCCGACUGGAGCAGAUCUCCCUGAGCGAGGACGCCCUGUCCACCGCCGUCCUCCUGGACUUCCUGACCGAGCAGGUGAGGGAGAAGAAGGACAAGAGGAAGGUCCAGAAGCUGGAGGAGGUCAGAGGCAGGAUGGAUGAAAAGAGAAGACCAGGCCUGCGUUACGCCGCGUCUGCUUUCAGAGCGGGUCAGAACCACAACUGACCCGCUGAGUUUGACGAAGAGGCCGAGAUCCAGAACCCGGUCAGAACCCGGUCAGAACCACAACUGACCCGCUGAGUUUGAUGAAGAGGCCGAGAUCCAGAACCCGGUCUGAACCGGGUCAGAACUGGGUCAGAACCGGGUCAGAACCCGGUCAGAACUGGGUCAGAACCCGGUCAGAACGUCUCCUCAGACACAUCUGGCUCUUUGCUCCUGAGCUUCUUAAUGGACAUCUGUGAGGAGAAGCUGCAGAAGCCGGUUCUGUCCGGGUCAAACCGGACCAGCGCUGUGAACUCCAGCAGAACCGGUUCUGUUGAUUUUCUUAAAUGCUCGGUUCCUUUUCCUGUAAUUAAUCUGGUGACUGUUUGCUGUGGGGAAUAAUAUUUGAUCUUUUACUGUAAAAGACGCAGUUGUCUUCCAAUAAAACAUGCUCAUCUUCAUCAUCA